AUGACUAGCCUUCAUAAACGUAACGAAGAACGAACUCACGAAGAAAAUCAAGAACGUGCCUUCAUCGCAGCGAGUCAUCGAGGCGAUCGAAGUUUAGAGGCUCGCAUGGAGUCUGCACGAAAAGCUUCUGAAGUUCACAAGAAAAGAACCGGAAAAGCGCUCAAAAUAACCGAAGAAGAUGUACGAAAUGAAGAAAUGUAUCGUGAGGUCGAACCCGAAGAAGACGUCAAGUUGCAACAGUAUCAUCAUCGUGAAGUCGGUACCCAGGGCAGAGGCACCACGUUUAACGAGGCAAGAACCAAGUGA